UGUAGUUGUAUUCGCAGCCAAAAUGAUCAAGCUCAAGCCUGCUGGAUAUGUCCACCACUUUGCUGUCAACAUGGAAGACUUCACUAAAAUGCCAAUGGACUGCUGGCAUUUUUUCAGAAAAGCAGUGGACUCUUGUUUUGAUAUGUCAAGGUGUCAUCUUUCAUUUUAUGCAAAUUGUUUUUUUUUUUGUUGUUGAUUGGAACUGCUAUGUUUUACUUGAUAAUGAUGGGUAUUGUUAGAUUAAGGCACUGAGCAAUUCGGAAUGUUAUUGAGUUCAUAGUUCUUCAACAGGAAAGGAAUUUUGUUUAUCUUGUAACAGUUCUUCCUAGGUGAACUCCUGUUAAUUGGCUAGUCUUCUAUUUUGAAUGGCAAUGUCUGUCAAUAUUGUGUGAGAAUGCAGGAUAAUUGAAUCUUGUUGUGUUUUCAGGGUUUCUAAGCUGCAAAGGAAAUGACAAUGGCUCCUUUAGUGAAAGUGGUUCUAGGCACAUUUGCCUUUGCAGUAUUCUUGGUGCUGGCAGUUUUCCCUGCUGUUCCAAUUCUGCCCAUUGGGAGGACUGCAGGAUCUCUUUUAGGGGCAAUACUCAUGGUUAUUUUCCAAGUCAUAUCUCCUUCUCAAGCAUAUGCUUCCAUUGAUCUUUCAAUUCUUGGCCUUCUCUUUGGAACAAUAGUCGUGGGUGUCUAUCUUGAAAGAGCAGAUGCGUUUAUGUACUUGAGCAAACUGCUGUCAUGGAAGAGCCUUGGAGCAAAGGAUUUAGUUUGUAGAGUCUGCUUAUUAUCUGCCAUUUCAAGUGCUUUCUUUACCAAUGACACUUCUUGUAUGAUCUUGACUGAAUUUGUACUCAAAGUUGCAAAACAGCACAAUCUCUCGCCUCGACCUUUCUUGGUUGCUCUUGCCUCAAGUUCAAAUAUUGGGUCAUCAGCAACCCCAAUAGGCAACCCUCAAAACCUGGUUGUUGCUGUAAAUGGUCAGAUUCCUUUUUUGACUUUCUUUGUUGGAAUUGCACCUGCAGCACUUGUAGGAGUUUUUGUGAAUGCUGUAGCUAUCAUAUGUAUGUAUCGGAGAGAGUUAUCUUCUCAUCUUAAGGAAGAAGAAGAGGCAAAUGGGGAAGUUGUUGCUGAUGAUGACACGAGUUUCUACAGGUUUUUACCAGCCACAUUGCCACAUUUCCCACGCUCAAGCUUUCAAGAAAGAAGCUUCAUGCUGGAUAUGCAGGGCUCGCCUUCAAUUCAUGGGAAUUCGGCUUAUUUUAACACGUUAAGAUACAGAUCUGGUGCUAGUGAGACUGACAUGUUCAGGGUUCCCAGUAUUAUGUUAGAGUCUGCAGGAAACUCGAGUGCAUGCUCGAAAUGGAAACCCAUACUGUGGAAAUCUUGUGUGUACCUGGUGACUCUUGGGAUGUUGAUUGCUUUGGUUAUGGGAGUAAAUAUGUCAUGGACUGCAGUCACUGCUGCUGUUGCUCUAAUGGUUCUUGAUUUCAAGGAUGCUCAGCCAUGCCUAGAGAAGGUUUCCUAUUCUCUUUUGAUUCUCUUUUGUGGGAUGUUUAUGACAAUUGAAGGCUUCAAUAAAACUGGAUUUCCAAGCUGUUUGUGGGAAUUCGUGGAGCCCUUCGCACAAAUUAACCAUGCUAGCGGGAUAGCAGUCCUUGCAGUUCUCAUUGUUAUCCUCUCAAAUGUGGUGUCAAAUGUACCAACUGUUCUCUUACUCGGGGCACGGAUGGCAGCAUCGGCAGCUUGUAUUUCCCCGGAUUAUGUGAGGAAGUCAUGGCUGAUUUUAGCGUGGGUGAGCACAGUGGCAGGUAACCUCUCGCUACUGGGUUCAGCUGCCAAUAUGAUAGUGUGUGAACAGGCAAGCCGUGCCCCAAAUCUUGGUUACAACUUAUCUUUCUGGAGCCAUCUCAAAUUUGGAGUCCCCUCCACCAUUAUCGUCACUGCUAUUGGUUUGACAAUCAUUAGAUAGUUCUUAUUUUCUUGUUACGCCGAGAAAACUUCGUGCUACAGUUGCCGAUUUAUUCUAUUCUUAGUAUUAUUUUAUGGAUAAUCUUGUAAUAUUUUGUUUGGCUUAGAAAUACAUUUAACUGAUAUUUUAUUUUAA